CAUGUCUGUAGUGUAUCGCAUUCCACCGCCAGGAUAAACUCAUAGGAUUCGACUAAAAAAUGAAGUGGAUAAUCAUUAUUACUAUCUACUUACUUCAACAAUUCCAGUCUGUACAAGCGGCUGGAUCAGGGAUAUUACGCUUUGUAAACUUCACCACACCCUGGGGAAAUGGGCGGUACAGCAACUGCUGUCCAGAUGGUCAAACAUCGGUCUGUCGUGGUCAAUGUGAUGUACACAUUAACAUAUGUGUUGGUGAUGUAUCCCCUGACCGCAACUGUAUCUACGGAGAAGGGGCAUUCAACUUCCAUGUGGAUGAGACGACCAGAGAAAUAUCAUUUGGAGAUAUGACUGGAUCAUUACCUAAUCCGUUAGUGUACAGAUUCGAUGUGUGGAAGCUCGGGGUGACAGUUGACGUUGACGUGGUGAUAGGCGAGUCACUACUGACCGAUUCCAUCAGAUUUCAUCUUCACACCAAACCUGAACCCAACGGACAGGUUGUUAAAGUUGGACCACAACAGUACACAGGAUACAGAACCGGAGUUACACUCGAACACUCAGUGUCAUGUGAUCCGUUCUACUUCCGUGAAUGCGCCACCCUCUGUCUCCCAGACCCAGCUACGUACACCUGUGAUCGAAACGGCAACAGACGAUGCCUUCCGGACAUUGACUGUGGGUUUGAGUUUACCGACAGCAGUACAGCUUAUGAAGAGCAAGUAGACGGAGGAGGAAUUUACGCGACUGUUUCUAAUGAAUUCCCUAGCAGUAGUGUGGAUACAGUACAAGAAUAUAGCACACAUCCCUCGGGAUCUACAGCUGUUAACACUGAGUAUAUCGAAUCUGCUAUAGAAUCAUCAACAACUGGACGAGGCGAUUUUAAUGAAAAUAUAAUAUCAACAGAAAAUCUUAAAUAUUCAUCCCAACAAGAUGACGUAACAUCAAUUGGACCCUUUAGUGACCUACUUACGUCACUUCAUUUCAAUGAAAAUACUGUAUCAAAAGAAAAUUCUACGCUGACUUCAAAACAAGAAGACGUAACGUCGACUCGAUCGUAUACCGACCCAACUACCCUGUUGAUGUCGGAAACUUCAGAGGACGAAACAGCUAGUGUUCAUAAAGUCACUGAAGCGUGGAGCACUUCGACUGACGGUGAAACCGUUAUAACAAAAGUAUCAAAUAGUCCAGGUGAUAUUUCUGAAGGAACAAUAUCAUAUAACUCUAUAGAUACUGCAACGACAGAUAACUCUGCAUCAACAGCUACACCCUCAACACCUACCCCCUCGAUACCUACCCCCUCGACAACCGACGUCACCACUUUAACUGUACCACACGAAUGCACAGGCCACACCACUGUAUCGGGGGACACCAAGGGUAUGUUAGUUUCCCAGCAUGCAACAGACAGUAAUGUAGACUUUGCUAGUUAUCGUAGUUCCAACCCUGAACUUAGUACCAUUCCCGAGCAUGACUUUCUCACUUCCUUUACAACAAAAGAAUUGCCAGUAUAUUCUAACCAAAACCCUGUAGAAUCGAGCACAUCUGAUGUGGACAGCUCGUCCCUCAUAGCAACGAAUCAAUACUUGGAAGUGACAAAAUCCAGAGGCGUUACACACCUACAGGAAAUUCAUUCGAACACUUAUGAUUACGGCGAAUUCGUUGCUACAACAUUUUCUAUGAAUAAAUUGUCAUCCAAUCCACCAACAAUAAAGACACCUUUACCAACAGAUGUGAUAUCAUUAGAUACAAAUAGUGUGACGUUAUUCGUGUCUGAUCCGGUAUCACAGCAGACGACAAGUGAAGACUCGUCUUCCGAGGGGACAGUCAUGUUGUCAUCGAACGCUGCUGGUGAUAUUUCGACAACUACUUUCGUAAGGAACACUAAGACAGAACCACUGACUGUAACGUCCGGAGAGUCCACAGAUUCACUGUACACCAGUUCUGACCUGGUAACUUCAGGCAUUUCAGCAGCAAGUGUCACUUCCGCUGAAACCGAUAUGACAUCGAACGUAAAGACUUCAACUUCAUCCGUAAUAUCUUAUGGUGAGGGAACCUCUACUCCAUUUUCCGUGGUAUCCAGAAGCGAUUUGAACUCUACACCACUUAUCAUGGUAGGCCUAUCCAGUAGCAAAUCAAGCUCUCGACCUCUUUCUGAGGUAUCCAGUAGCGAUUUGAACUCUACUCCGCUUCCCGUGGUAUCCAGUAGCGAGUUUACUUCUACUCCACUUCCCGUGGUAUCCAGUAGCGAGUUUACCUCUACUCCGCUUCCCGUGAUAUCCAGUAGCGAGUUUAGCUUUACAACACGAUCUGCCGUUCCAAAUGAGGAAAGUAGUCCUUACGAUACAAAGGUGACCAAUUUCAAUCAAUAUUUAUCCAGUACAAAAAACACCUUGUCCAAUUCUGAACAUACAAAACAACCAAAUGUGUCUAGUCAGGGUGUAAUUAGUACAUCUACUGAAGUGACAUCGAACUAUGAAGUCACCACCGGAAAACAAUCAACUUCAUUCAGUGAAGAAAGAACUCAAUCAAAUUUGAUUACUUCGGAAAAAGUUACAUUCAAAGAAAAUAAAAUUGCCACAACAGUUUCAAUGAAAACCAGGGAAACCCCAUCAGGGACAAACACAUUUACGAACGUGAAUGUUGAAUCUAAUUUAUCCACUGUAAAUAGUUCACGUCCACUUAUAUCGGUACAUACGGGCAUUAUCCGAGAAAUCACUACGCGUUCGAUAACCAAGGAAAGUACUUCCAAUAAAACAAUGUUACUUACACAACCGCCGCAUGCAUCAUCACCGUCGGGAUUACCAACUGCUGCUGUAGGAACAACGGACGAAUUACAAACACCAUACCCGACUGAAACGGCAUCUGUGUAUUUAACAGGGGCGUCUGGUGCGACUGCUGACUCGCCUAGAAAGUCGUCAGUUUCCGAUUAUAUAGCAACAACAAAAGACACUAAAUAUGUUCCAGUGAGCAGCGCGAAUUCUGAUCUAUCUUCAACCCUCACGACAAGCAGUAAAGAUAUACCCACUUCUCUAACGAAUCAGGAAUUAUCAACGCCGAACCCUUCCAUUCAAGAUGGCGGUAAAACAUCUACGGCGGUGCCGACUGUAACACGACACACUGGACCCUUAACAACGUUACGCUCGUCGUCCUGUGUGGCUGCUGUAGUCUACCCUGGCGGUGGGAAAGCUGUGCUGACUAUCCAGGUAGCCCAGGGUCUACAAGUGGUGUCGAUGGAUGUCAUGGAAAAGAAGGUGGUCGAUUUCUUGUCCAGUGCCGGAUUCAAAGUGGAUACAAAUGAUAUCAAUGCUAUUAAAACAAGUGUCGGCGGGUUGACGAUCGUUAACAUUACGAUCGAUGACGACGACUUGGCUGUGAGCCAAACGGCGCUAGGUGACUUUGGAAACAAACUUUGUACAGAAGAGUCCAUGUUUUUGAUACAGCCCCCGUCCUCUGGCUAUACCAAGGAAGAUACUGACGGCAGUAAUGGCGUCCUGGUCGGAAUGUUGGUUCUGGCUGCCUACUUACUAACCUUAUUCAUCAUAGCAUUUAUCCUGGUCAGAAGAAAAUACCGGGAGAGGAACAGAAUAUCGGGACGACCUAUGUCGGAAGUUUCCAAAAUGUCGCAAGCAUCGGAACUGUUGACGGACCGUCCGGAAACGUGCAUGACGGGAGUUUUAUCGGAAUACGGGGAAACAAACUGCUGAACAAAAAUAAACUUUACAUCUGAUUAAUGUAUCAUACGUUCUACACAUCGUUUUCUUCUUGGUCGAUCUGUGAUGUUUGCUUAGCUUGCAAACAUCAAACGCGUUUUGACUUUUUAUUCAUUUGUAAAUAUGAAGUGGUUUCAUCCUGAUUGUAUAGAUAUAAUCGUUGUAUUUCUGAUAGGCUUAUUAAAUGACAUUCGAUUCUGACCUAUAACAGGAAAACGAUUUGUGUGCCCCCACCGGGAUCGAACCUGCGAUCCUCGGCUCACUGGUCCGCCGCUCUACCGACUGAACUAAAGGGAAAUUCCCCCUAGCGCGAAACUGUAGAAGACGAGCGUAUCACUAUUUGUACACUACUUACAAUUAAAUCAUGCCACACGCUCGCUAAACGCAACAAUUACUAUACCUUGGGUCAGAGACUUAAAAUAGAUAGCUAGGUCUCUACUUUGGUUUUCCUUCUCCAUGUAGACCAACAGCGCGGCAUUUACAUCAAGAAAUAUUAAAUAUUGACCUCGACUUUCGCCAGCAUUUAAUAUUUUCAAUGUCGAUAUAUUUACAAUACCUGUAUAGUUUCCUUUUGGCGUUGCUAACGAAAUUGACGGUAAACUGGAUAGUAGGAAUACACUGUUGAAUGAAAGUGACGCCGAGGCCAUGGUUUGCUACACGCACGCUGUAUUGUAAUUUUCCCAUUUUGUGACUUCAUAUUUGAUAACAAUGAUAUAACUCAAAACAAUAUGUGAAUUGAGCUGUAAAAUAUCUCACGGAAAUAGAAUAGAUAAACUAUGUUUUGUGAAA